UCUCGGAGGGAGAGAGAGAGGAGACAUCUAGGGGGUGUAAUCGAAUUGUCAGGGGCGACUGGGAGGCAUUAUCCCCUGUACAGAGAGAAGCCACAGCCAGCAGCAGCUCCAGCCUCUCCGCUCCUCUAUUCUGGAAGUUGCAGAAAAGGAAAAGGCCCCGCCCCUCAUUUCUACGCCCCCUCAGACCGAAGCUAUAAAAUGAGCAGCGCCCACCCGAGGCUCACCCAGAGCGGAGCGGCGGCGGCAGGAGCAGCGCCCGGGGCGGAUCCAGCGGAGAUGCCGGCUACAGAGAAGGACCUGGCGGAGGACGCGCCAUGGAAGAAGAUCCAGCAGAACACGUUCACCCGCUGGUGUAACGAGCACCUGAAGUGCGUCAACAAGCGCAUCGCCAACCUGCAGGCGGACCUGAGCGACGGGCUGCGGCUCAUAGCGCUGCUGGAGGUGCUGAGCCAGAAGAAGAUGUACCGCAAGUACAACCAGAGACCUACCUUCCGCCAGAUGCAGCUGGAGAACGUCUCCGUGGCGCUGGAGUUCCUGGACCGGGAGAACAUCAAGCUGGUGUCUAUAGACAGUAAAGCCAUUGUUGAUGGAAACCUCAAACUCAUCUUGGGUCUUAUCUGGACCCUUAUUCUGCAUUAUUCCAUCUCCAUGCCAAUGUGGGAUGAAGAGGAGGAUGAAGAGGUCAAGAAACAGACACCGAAACAGAGGCUCUUGGGAUGGAUCCAGAACAAACUGCCCCAGCUGCCGGUCACCAACUUCAGCAGGGACUGGCAAAGUGGAAAAGCUCUGGGUGCCCUGGUGGAUAGCUGCGCUCCUGGUCUGUGCCCUGACUGGGACUCUUGGGACACCAGCAAACCUGUGGACAAUGCACGAGAAGCCAUGCAACAAGCCGAUGACUGGUUGGGUAUUCCUCAGGUGAUCACUCCUGAAGAAAUUGUAGACCCAAAUGUAGACGAGCACUCAGUCAUGACCUACUUGUCUCAGUUCCCAAAAGCCAAACUGAAGCCUGGUGCUCCCCUCAGGCCCAAGCUCAACCCCAAGAAGGCCAGAGCCUACGGGCCAGGUAUUGAGCCAACUGGUAACAUGGUGAAAAAGCGUGCAGAGUUCACUGUAGAGACCAUCAGCGCUGGGCUCGGAGAGGUCAUAGUGUACGUGGAGGAUCCUGCAGGACACAGGGAAGAGGCUAAAGUGACUGCCAACAAUGACAAGAACAGAACCUUCUCAGUGUACUAUAUUCCUAAAGUGACCGGUUUACACAAGGUUACUGUCCUUUUUGCUGGACAGCAUAUUGCAAAGAGCCCAUUCGAGGUGAAUGUGGACAAGUCUCAGGGGGAUGCUAGUAAAGUCACUGCACAGGGACCCGGUCUGGAGCCCGCCGGAAACAUUGCCAACAAGACCACCUACUUCGAGAUCUUCACUGCAGGUGCCGGUCUUGGUGAGGUAGAAGUGACGAUACAGGACCCGAAUGGAAGGAAGGAUACAGCAGAUGUGCAGCUGGAGGAUAAGGGUAGCAGCACUUACCGUUGCACCUACAAACCCACCAUAGAAGGCGUCUACACAAUUUUUAUUACCUUCGCUGGGGUGCAGAUUCCAAAGAGUCCUUACACAGUCACUAUUGGUCAAGCCUCAAAUCCUACCGCCUGUCGCGCUGUGGGCCGCGGCUUGCAGCCAAAGGGCGUGCGUGUAAAGGAGACUGCAGACUUCAAGGUCUACACCAAAGGAGCCGGAAGCGGAGAACUCAAAGUUGUGAUCAAGGGACCAAAGGGGACCGAGGAACGUGUUAAACAGAAGGACUUGGGAGAUGGCGUCUAUUAUUUUGAAUACUAUCCAACUACUCCUGGAAACUACACAGUAACAAUCACUUGGGGAGGACAGAACAUUCCACGAAGUCCGUUUGAGGUUAAAGUUGGCACGGAAUGUGGGCAGCAGAAAGUAAGAGCAUGGGGUCCAGGCUUGGAAGGAGGCGUUGUUGGAAAAUCUGCUGACUUUGUGGUUGAAGCAAUUGGAGAUGAUGUGGGCACUCUAGGCUUUUCCGUGGAAGGUCCUUCACAAGCAAAGAUAGAGUGCGACGACAAAGGAGACGGGUCAUGCGAUGUGCGCUACUGGCCUCUGGAAGCUGGCGAAUACGCCGUGCACGUGUUAUGUAACAACGAAGACAUCAAGCUGAGUCCAUUCAUGGCAGAAAUCAAACCGGCCCCCAAAGACUUCUAUCCAGAGAAAGUAAAGGCCUAUGGUCCUGGUCUGGAGAAGACUGGACUGGCCAUCAAUAAACCAGCAGAGUUCACGGUUGAUGCCAAACAAGGAGGAAAGGCUCCUCUGAAAGUGUCGGUGCAGGAUUCUGAAGGAAGCCCUGUGGAAGUCACCACUAAGGACAAUGGCAAUGGAACCUACAGCUGCAGCUAUUUACCAAAGAAACCAUUGAAACAUACAGCAUUGAUAUCCUGGGGUGGAGUUAACAUUCCCAAUAGUCCUUUCAGGAUGACCAUUGGUGCUGGCAGCCACCCCAACAAGGUUAAAGUGUAUGGACCUGGUGUCGCCAAAACCGGCUUGAAAGCACAUGAACCUACCUACUUCACCGUGGACUGUACAGAAGCUGGACAAGGGGAUGUGAGUAUUGGAAUCAAAUGCGCUCCAGGAGUGGUAGGUCCGGCUGAAGCAGACAUAGACUUUGACAUCAUCCGUAACGAUAAUGACACAUUCACAGUGAAAUACACCCCACCAGGAGCUGGAAGCUAUACCAUCAUGGUCCUGUUUGCUGGCCAGGCUACACCGAUGAGUCCCAUUCGCAUUAAGGUUGACCCAUCUCAUGAUGCUAGUAAAGUGAAGGCUGACGGGCCAGGACUGAACAAGAGUGGUGUAGAAAUUGGUAAACCCACCCAUUUCACAGUCAACACCAAAGCAGCCGGCAAAGCAAAACUGGAUGUGAACUUUACAGGUCCAGCCAAAGGAGACGCAGUGAAGGACUUUGAAGUCAUCGAUAACCUUGAUAACUCUUAUACUGUCAAAUACACUCCAGUGCAACAGGGUAAUAUUGGUGUAAAUGUGACCUAUGGAGGAGACCAUAUCCCUAAGAGCCCAUUCCCUGUUAACAUUGCUCAGACUCUGGACCUCAGCAAGAUCAAAGUUACUGGACUUGGUGACAAGGUGGAAGUUGGAAAAGAUCAGGAGUUUACAGUGAAGUCCAAAGGUGCUGGAGGACAAGGCAAAGUGGCUUCCAAAAUCACAGGCCCAUCCAACAAAUCUGUUCCUUGCAAAGUAGAGUCAGGCUUAAGUCCAGAUAACAGCACUGUCAAAUUCAUACCUCGGGAAGAAGGACCUUAUGAGGUGGAGGUCACUUACGAUGGGGUCCCAGUACCUGGUAGUCCUUUCCCUGUUGAAGCCGUUCCACCAACUAAUCCUUCAAAGGUUAAGGCUUAUGGGCCGGGGCUAAAAGGAGGAAAUGUGGGUUCUUCUUCCCCAUUCACUAUUGAUACUAAAGGUGCUGGCCAAGGAGGCCUUGGUUUAACCGUUGAAGGUCCAUGUGAAGCAAAGAUUGAAUGUCUUGACAACGGUGACGGAACCUGCUCCGUAUCCUAUCUGCCUACAGAACCCGGUGACUACAACAUCAAUAUUCUAUUUGCUGACACCCAUAUACCUGGAUCUCCGUUCAAGGCAAAGAUUGAGCCUACCUUUGACCCUACAAAGGUGACUUGUUCCGGCCCUGGCUUGGAACAUGCCCAGGUUGGAGAAGCUGGCAAGUUUAACGUGGACUGCUCCAAUGCUGGCAACGCGGAGUUGACUAUCGAAAUUAUUUCAGACACUGGCAUGCAGGCAGAGGUACAUAUCCAAGACAAUGGUGAUGGCACGUACACUAUUACAUACAUUCCACUUUACCCUGGAAUCUAUACUAUAACUAUCAAGUAUGGUGGUCAAAUGGUGCCCAACUUCCCCAGCAAGCUGCAAGUGUCUCCUGCGGUUGAUACAUCUGGUGUUAAGGUGUUUGGACCCGGAGUGGAAGGAAAAGGGGUUUUCAGAGAAGCUACCACAGAAUUCAAUGUGGACGCCCGUGCCCUAACAAAGAAUGGAGGUCCCCUUGUCAAGACCAGGGUAUCAAAUCCUUCUGGCAAUUUCACUGAAGCCUAUGUACAGGAUAAUGGGGAUGGAACAUACAAAGUGGAGUACACGCCUUAUGAAGAAGGUGUUCACUCUGUAGAUGUCUCUUACAAUGGAAGUCCUGUACCCAAGAGUCCAUUUAGGGUUCCCGUGACAGAAGGUUGUGAUCCAACAAGAGUCCGAGUCCAUGGGCCCGGUAUCCAGAGUGGAACAACCAACAAGCCCAACAAAUUUACAGUGGAAACAAGGGGUGCUGGUACAGGGGGUCUGGGCUUGGCUGUGGAAGGCCCAUCCGAAGCAAAGAUGUCAUGCACAGACAAUAAAGAUGGCAGCUGCUCAGUGGAAUAUAUCCCAUACGAGCCCGGCACUUACAGCCUUAAUGUUACAUAUGGCGGACACCAGGUUCCAGGCAGUCCCUUCAAGGUCCCAGUUACUGAUGUCAUCGAUAGCAGCAAGGUGAAGUGUUCUGGUCCAGGACUUAGCCCAGGACUCGUAAGGGCAAAUGUUCCACAGUCCUUCAGCGUAGACACAAGCAAAGCUGGUGUGGCCCCAUUGCAAGUUAAAGUCCAAGGUCCAAAGGGUAAGGUGCUGAAAAGAUGUAUUCAUAAAUGUGGAUUUUUUUUUCUCCAUUCUUUGUGUUGCUGUUUAAGAUUUUACUACAUUUGUUUGUGUUCUGUAGGAAUUGUCGAGCCAGUGGAAAUAGUUGACAAUGGCGAUGGAGUUCAGACCGUUAACUAUGUGCCCAGCCGUGAAGGACCAUACAACAUUGCAGUUCUGUAUGGAGAUGAAGAAGUGCCACGCAGCCCAUUCAAAGUAAAGGUUCUGCCCACUCACGAUGCCAGCAAGGUGAAGGCUAGCGGUCCAGGGUUAAAUACGACCGGUGUCCCUGCCAGUCUGCCUGUGGAAUUUACUAUUGAUGCCAAGGAUGCUGGAGAAGGUCUCCUUGCCGUUCAGAUUACGGAUCCUGAAGGCAAACCCAAGAAGGCCACUAUCCGUGACAACCAAGAUGGAACGUACACUGUGUCCUAUGUUCCUGAUAUGACCGGGCGCUACACUAUUCUCAUCAAAUACGGAGGCGAUGAGAUUCCAUACUCUCCUUAUCGCAUCCGUGCUGUGCCAACAGGUGACGCCAGCAAAUGCACUGUGACAGGUGCUGGCAUUGGACCCACUAUCCAGAUCGGUGAAGAGACUGUCAUCACGGUUGACGCCAAGGCUGCUGGAAAGGGUAAAGUGACAUGUACGGUCUGCACGCCAGACGGCACCGAGGUGGAUGUUGAUGUUGUAGAAAAUGAAGAUGGAACCUUUGACAUCUUCUACACCGCCCCUCAACCCGGCAAAUAUGUCAUCUGUGUGCGCUUCGGUGGGGAGCACAUCCCGAACAGCCCCUUCCAAGUUACAGCUUUGGACGGCGAGCAAAUGAUGCCUCAGCAGAUGGCUCAGCAGCAGCUAGCCCCACCUUACGCAUACCCGGGCAUGCAGCAACCCUGGGCUACAGAUCGCCCUGUAAUGGGAGUCAAUGGACUGGAUGUUGCAGGGUUGAGACCAUUCGACCUGGUUAUUCCCUUUACUAUCAAAAAAGGAGAAAUCACAGGUGAAGUCCGCAUGCCUUCUGGGAAAGUGGCCAAACCAGACAUAACCGAUAACAAGGAUGGAACAGUCACGGUCAGAUACGCUCCUACAGAAGCUGGACUUCAUGAGAUGGACAUAAAGUAUGACGGCAUGCACAUCCCGGGAAGCCCCCUACAGUUCUAUGUGGAUUACGUAAACAGCGGCCAUGUUACAGCCUAUGGCCCAGGAUUGAUCCAUGGCACAGUAAAUAAGCCUGCAGUGUUUACAGUGAACACUAAAGAUGCCGGAGAAGGUGGUUUGUCGCUCGCCAUUGAAGGUCCUUCUAAAGCGGAGAUCAGUUGCACGGACAACCAGGACGGCACAUGCACCGUGUCCUACCUUCCUGUCCUUCCCGGAGACUAUAACAUCCUUGUCAAGUACAACAACAAGCACAUCCCCGGCAGUCCUUUCGUUGCCAAAAUCACAGGUGAUGACACCAUGCGCAUGUCCCAGCUUAAGGUUGGUUCUGCUGCUGAUAUCCCACUCAAUAUCACGGAGACCGAUAUAAGUCAGCUGACCGCUACUGUGACCUCUCCUUCUGGAAGGGAAGAGCCAUGUCUCCUCAAGAGGCUCCGCAAUGGACAUAUAGGUAUAUCUUUCGUGCCAAAGGAGACGGGAGAACAUAUUGUUAGCAUUAAGAAGAACGGCCACCACAUCCCCAACAGUCCCAUUACAGUCAUGAUCAGCCAGUCCGAGAUCGGCGACGCCAGUCGGGUCAUAGUCUCUGGCCAGGGCUUGACUGAAGGACGGACGUUCGAGCCGGCAGAGUUCAUCAUUGACACUAGAGAAGCAGGUUAUGGAGGUCUCAGUCUCUCCAUUGAGGGUCCCAGCAAAGUAGAUAUCAAUACAGAAGACUUGGAAGAUGGAACAUGCAAAGUGACAUACUGUCCGACAGAGCCCGGAAACUAUAUAAUCACCAUAAAGUUUGCUGAUCAGCACGUACCAGGCAGUCCAUUCUCUGUCAAAGUCACUGGUGAAGGAAGGUUGAAGGAGAGCAUCACACGUAGGAGAACGGCGCCAUCUGUGGCAAAUAUUGGAAGUCAGUGUGAUCUCAGCCUGAAAAUACCUGAAAUCAGCAUCCAUGACAUGACCGCUCAGGUCACAAGUCCUUCUGGCAAGAUUCAUGACGCGGAAAUAAUGGAAGGCGAGAACAACACUUACUGCAUCAGAUUUGUCCCUACGGAGAUGGGUGUUCACUCUGUCAGCGUUAAGUACAAGGGGCAGCACGUUCCAGGAAGUCCAUUCCAGUUCACGGUCGGACCCUUGGGUGAAGGGGGUGCACAUAAAGUGCGAGCUGGCGGACCAGGACUGGAGAGGGCAGAGGUUGGGACUCCAGCGGAGUUCAGUAUUUGGACCAGAGAAGCUGGUGCUGGAGGCCUGUCCAUCGCAGUGGAGGGGCCAAGCAAAGCCGAAAUUGCUUUUGAGGAUAGAAAAGAUGGAUCCUGUGGUGUGUCCUACAUUGUCCAGGAGCCAGGAGAUUAUGAAGUUUCCGUCAAGUUCAACGACGAGCACAUCCCAGACAGUCCAUUCGUUGUUCCUGUGGGUUCUCCAUCCGACGACUCUCGCAGACUCACUGUUUCUAGUCUUCAGGAGUCAGGGUUAAAGGUCAACCAGCCAGCAUCUUUUGCAGUAAGUCUUAAUGGUGCCAAGGGAGUUCUAGAUGCCAAAGUGCACAGUCCUUCAGGGGCACUGGAGGAAUGCUAUGUGACGGAGAUUGAUGAAGAUAAAUAUGCUAUUCGUUUCAUCCCGCGUGAGAACGGCUUGUACCUUGUUGACGUUAAAUUCAAUGGUUCCCACAUCCCUGGCAGUCCAUUUAAAGUUCGUGUCGGAGAGCCAGGGCAUGGUGGAGAUCCAGGAAUGGUGUCGGCAUAUGGACCUGGAUUAGAAGGUGGCACCACUGGAAAUGCUGCAGAGUUUAUUGUGAACACCACAAACGCAGGUGCCGGAGCUCUGACCGUGACCAUCGAUGGACCAUCCAAAGUGAAAAUGGAUUGUCAAGAGUGUGCAGAAGGUUACAAAGUCACGUAUACACCAAUGGCUCCCGGUAGCUACCUGAUCUCCAUAAAAUAUGGUGGACCUUAUCAUAUUGUUGGAAGCCCGUUCAAGGCAAAAGUUACUGGGCCCCGCCUGGUGACAAGCCACAGUCUCCACGAGUCCUCCUCAGUCUUCGUAGAUUCUGUAACAAAAUGCGAGGCCUUCACACAACAAGGGGCCCUCCCAAGGGUGUCAUCGGAUGCCAGCAAAGUAGUCGCCAAAGGUCUUGGUUUGAACAAAGCUUUUGUAGGGCAAAAGAAUUCAUUCACAGUAGACUGCAGCAAAGCUGGUAACAACAUGCUGCUUGUUGGGGUUCACGGACCAAAAACCCCAUGUGAAGAAAUUGUAGUAAAGCAUCUUGGAAACCGGUUGUACAACGUUACGUACCUCCUGAAGGACAAGGGGGAUUACAUCCUGGUCGUCAAGUGGGGAGAUGAGCACAUUCCAGGCAGCCCUUACCACGUGUCUGUGCCCUAAACGCCACAGUCCCCUUGUCCUGACUCCAAACCUCCUUCCCUCUGUGUGCGUCUAAUGUACAGUUGCCCUACUCUCAGCAGCCCCCCAUGUGACUGAGGGCUGAGAGGUUGGCUCGGGUUUGGGGGGGUUUUGCUUAGCUGGUUCCAAGUUUAUGCAAUGGCCAUAUUAACCCCCGUGGCACUGAAGGGGCAAAGUGUCAACGGGUGCAUUUGGUCAUAUUAUAGGGAAGAGGGAUGGUCAGACAUGUAGGAGCGCAGCCCUUUGGUGAACUUGACACUUUUAUCCUAUAAUAAUUUGAGUCGGCUGCUAAAACAAAAAAAAAAGGUGGUCAAGACCCAUCCCUUGCCCUGUCAGGGCUGCUUCUAUAUGCCACAUGCUCCCGUGUGCUGUCUUGUUCCCCCCCCCCCCCCCCCCCCCCCCGUAUUUGUUUACAUUUGUUUGUUAACCCUUAAACUGUUGUAAGGCAUAAGGGAUCUCUGAGAUGACAAUAGGUGUUUCCUAGGAGGGCAGAUCACCUAAUGAAACAUCCAGAUAGUAAUCAGCCUGUCCAUCCCGUAAAAAGCUGUAUUUCUAUAUUUUUCUACAACCUGUGGAGUAUUUUCCAUGAUGAAGCAAAUUCACACACAAACCUAUUAACCUUUUUAAAGCAACCACUACCUGUUAGAAUCCAGAUCAAUAAAAUUUACAUUGGCCCUAUUUAUCUGCAGCAGAAUGUUCUGGCCCCUUCAGGUUGGGGGUCUUGACUUGCCCUCCCCCCCCCUUCUUUAGUGUUAUAUUAUGUGUAUGUUUUUAUGUCGUCCAUAGAUUGGGUUACUUCUGAGAUACUCCAUUGGGUUGCUAAGCUGGUUCACCUUCCAAGGGCCAUUCCAAUUGGAUUGCUUCGUUAACCAAAUCUUGUCGUUUUUUUUUUCUAAAAAAUAGUUUUGUCUUUUUAUUUUAUUUUUUUGUGCACGACUACAGUACUUUGCUCUUAAUGAUAACAAUAAAAGUCUGCUUUUAAUCCUC